ACCAUUCAGUUACCAUGCAAGAGAAAAUACUGCAGAGAUUAGAGUGUUUCUGUGGUGUGUUUGCUGUGCCUGCCUUGUUAUCUCCCCUGGAGCCAUCCCCAUUACCCACUCCUUUUCACUCCUUCUCUCUGUCUCCCUUCAGCCUGGUGUGUGAGUGUUUUACAUGAACUGUGUCUGUUCUACUGAGUCGAUGUGGAAACAAUAAAGCGCAGCUACAACCGUGUUGAUGGAGGUAAUGGUACCUACACCGUGUAACUAACAGGUACCUACACCGUGUAACUAACAGGUACGUACACUGUGUAACUAACAGGUAGGUACCUACACCGUGUAACUAACAGGUACCUACACCGUGUAACUAACAGGUACCUACACCGUGUAACUAACAGGUACGUACACCGUGUAACUAACAGGUACCUACACCGUGUAACUAACAGGUACGUACACCGUGUAACUAACAGGUACGUACACCGUGUAACUAACAGGUACCUACAACGUGUAACUAACAGGUACCUACACCGUGUAACUAACAGGUACCUACACCGUGUAACUAACAGGUACCUACACCGUGUAACUAACAGGUACGUACACCGUUGUAACUAACAGAGGUAUCCCUUACGCCAAAAACGCAUGUUUUUAUGUGAUCAUGUGACCGUAUGUGAAGUUAAUGUGAUAACAUGUAAAGAAACAUGUAAUAACAUGAAACUACACAUCCGAAAACAUGUGAUCACAUGUGAAGUGUUCCAAAAACAUGUUUUCACCUGAUGGUUCGUGUGGUUUUUUCAUAUGUCAAAUCAUGUGGUUUUUCUGUAAUGUAUAUAUGUAUGUGUGUGUCGUAUUCUCUGAAUGCAGUUGUGUUCAGUCUAGGGUCCUCAAACAACCUCUCUCUGCCCAGCCACUGUGGCGCCACAAGAGGCUGUGAGUCCAGAACAGCUUGUUAAAUCCAUACCUGAGAUUCUAACAGGAAUGACCUCAUCUUUAUUCUGUCAUACAAGAUGCAGUUUAGUGACCUCACUGUACAAAAUAUAUAUUCCCCUCUCUCCAGUCCAACUAAUACAAGAUGUUAGGACUAUGGGCUCCAAAUGCAACAAUGUGUGCUUUGUUUAUUUGUUAUUGAUAAGCACUAUGAACACGUACUCCCUGCAUAAUCUGUAACAAUUAAAACACUGCAACACCCAAUAUGCAAUGUGCAACACUCAAGUACUGUAGAUAAAACUGACUUGUGUUAUAGCAGAUGAUAAUGUAUCAUAGCCUAUUGUACAACAAAGCAAUGACACAAUGUUUACCAAUGUUUACCAACUGUUUACAAAUGUUUACCAAUGUUUACUACAUCUUCAUAAAAUAUCUGUAAAUCUAUUACUCCUAGUGUAGCCUGUAAAACACAUAUAACCCCCUAUAAAUCCUUUUAAGUAUACAUUAUUAAUGUAAAGUGAAACCAUAAAAUAUUCAUGAAUGUAGUCUACUGUGCAGGUGCUGUGUGUACAAGCCUUUAAAUUGAAAGCUAUGUCUUUAAGAGCUGAGUGAAAGGCGGAGCCAGAGUGUUCUUGUGUUGUGUGGUGGAGCUUAAAAGAACAUCGCUCACAGCAGUAGUAUUGAGAACUCUCCCAGAACACAGUAGUUAUAGUGGAAAAUGUGCUGUCCUUUAUUUCGGCUCAGUGUCAUAGAAGACUGAAGCUUCUAGAUUGGCCCAACUAAUGUCUACAGCAAAACAGGGGCGCUAGAACUGUCGACAAUAGAGGAUUCUCAAGGGUUGGAGAAGUGACAGCGGAUGUGAAAACUGCGAGGUUGUAAGGUCCAGCAGUAGCAGCCAGCCGGGGCUAGCCAAGCGUUUCCUGGCUUUGAUGCGACUCGAUUGUGCCUGGAGUAUGUCCACAGCGGGCCUGACUGCCCAGGAGAUCUGUUUACCCACAGACAGCCCCUUCCUGCGGGCUAGUCACUGUCUCAGCAUGGCUGGAGCCAAGCCCUCAUGGAGCCACCAUCAUGAGCUGGACAAUUUGUACUUCAGUAUGGAUGUAGCACCCACGGAAUCCAACUUCCAAUUUCAGCAGCAGGUGCCACCAUCGCUCAAUUCUGAGAGACAGAAACAUAGCCCAGGUGCACAGCGGUUACCCUCAAAGAAGUCCCGUCCCACCCAUCUGUCCCUGUCAUCCAGCGCUGAGCCCUCCACCCCUAGCCCUGCUGAGGAUGACCAGGUGGUCCCAUCCUUCCAGAGGUUGUCUGUGUACGAACGCUGCAGUCCCCCACACACACCUAGCCGGGGUGCCAAGCCCCUGCCCCCUCUCCCUGGGCGGGGAGACCUUUCCCCUGACCAGGCCAUGGACAAUGAGGUGGAGUUCUUCACCAGUUCAGAUGAUAGCCGUUGCUUGGUUCCUGAGCAGUGUCCUCCUAAACCCUCUGCCUCCCGCUACGGAGCCCCCAGCCGCAGGAGUUUCAGGCACUGUGGACAGAUUAACUAUGCCUACUUUGAGGGGCCAGUGGGGCAGCAGAGACCACAGGAACGGCAGGAACAGCAGCGGGGACAGGCGCAGCAGCGACAACAGGAGCAACAACAAAGAUUGGAGCAGGUAGAGCAACAGCCAUUGGAGCAACCACUGUAUCCCAGACAGCAGGACCGAGCCCAGAGGAAGCUGCGGCGCUCUCAUUCCGGCCCUGCUGGCUCCUUCAACAAGCCCACGUCGCUGCGCAUGCCCUGUCACCACCGCCACACUCAGGGCAUGGACAAACCAGAGGUGCCCCCCCGCGUGCCCAUCCCCCCACGGCCCAUCAAGACUGCAGACUACCGCCGCUGGUCAGCCGAGGUGUCCUCUGGGGCCUACAGUGAUGAGGACAAGCCCCCGAAGGUUCCCCCAAGGGACCCUUUGUUGUCUCAAGGCAGCUCCCGUACCCCAAGCCCCAAGAGCCUCCCCUCAUACCUCAACGGUGUUAUGCCUCCCACGCAGAGCUUUGCCCCAGACCCUAAGUACGUGAGGCGAGGUUUACAGCGGCAGAACAGCGAGGGGUCUCCCUGCAUCCUGCCGGUCAUGGAGAACGGCAUGAAGGCCAGCACCACACACUACUUCCUGCUUCCACAGAGGCCUGCCUACCUAGACAAACCUUACUUGGAGAAGUUCAUCCGGGAUAUGGACUGCCCGGCAGGUCGCAGUAGAGGUGCUUCAGACCCAGAGUGGGAUUGUCAGACCAGGAGGAAAGCACAGGUGGAUUUAGUUUGAGCUGGAGGAGACAAGUUAGGGAAGGCCUCCACUGGACACGAGCAAACAACCUCUGGGCACAAAGUGCCUCGGGACACUGAAGCCUUCAAACGUUUACUGCUGCUUUGACACUGACGACGUUGGUAGUUUUACCUCAGUAUUCUAAAAACAUAGGGGUUUUGAUUUACCAUUUAGAGUUACUGGGACAUUUGGAAUUGCAAUCAAAACACAUGAGCUAAACGUUGUCUAACUAGUGUGUGUUUGGGGGGGGGUGAUAUUUAACCAUUUUAAGAGUGAUUAUUUUUUUAAUAUGAUUUGUCAGUACAUUCUAUAAAUGUUUUGCUGAAACAGUGGUUCAGUUUUAGGGUAUAAGCAGGACUUGCCUCCAUGUUCUCAGUGUUGUGUGUCUCACAGAUAGAGGACAUUUUGUGAGUUGUAUAUUGUGUUUUGACAUUGCUUAUGUGUCUCAGAACUUAGGGACAAAGGGUCAGUAAAGCAAUUAUGAUCUUGUGUUGCAUCUAUGAAGUCUAAAGAUCCCAAUGUAUUUACACACUUUAAAUGAAGGAUUCCCCACCCUAACUCCUAUUUUGUGUAAGCAUGAAAAUAGGAAUGCACAUGUCCUGCCUUGUUGAUAUUUCAGUCUUAAUCAGACCACUAUGUUUAUGGAUGGCAGUGUGUUUCCCUCACUGGAUGUACAACUCUGUACCAGUGGGGGCUGUGGAAUAUUGGUAUGGAUGUCUAGGGCAGCUUAUACUUUGUUACGCAUGUGUGUACGUGGUGCAAGUGUGUUUGUUUUCUCUGCUGUUUUUGUGUGACUUUUCUACCAUUAUUGUAGAAAAUUAGGUUAACAAUAUUUGUUACUGUUCUCUGCCUGUUUUUCCUCACUGCUUCCAAAUACAUGGUUGCAAAGUGUAUCCUCCCUAACCCCUAUAUUACUUUCAUUCUCCGGAAUGUUUUUUUUGUUGAACAUAUGUGAUUGUAUGCUUCACUCAACUGAAUUGUAUCAAACUGUGUGGGGAGCUCAGUAGUUGGUCAAGCAGUGAGUCAAUGUGUGGAACUAACUGCCUUCAAUACAACCCCUCAGAAUACAGGGUAGCCUAGUGGUUAGAGCGUUGGACUAGUAACCGGAAGGUUGCAAGUUCAAACCCCUGAGCUGACAAGGUACAGAUCUGUCGUUCUGCCCCUGAACAGGCAGUUAACCCAACAGUUCCUAGGCCGUCAUUGAAAAUAAGAAUUUGUUCUUAACUGACUUGCCUAGUUUAAAAAAAAUAUAUAUAUAUAUUACUCAACAUUUUGUGGACUGUAAUCCUAAAAUAAUUAGAAUUGAAGAAUAAAUUAUAACUGAAACAUUGCCAAAUAUUUUCUCAAUCCCUUAUGACAAUCAACCACUACUUUACUCAGUCAAUAUACCACGUUUUAGAAUUUUAAACACAAUCACACCUUUCAUUAUAUAUACACAAGUGAUCAUGGAUCACAGAGAAGUUAGGCACACGUGAUAACAUAGACCUAUAUUAUGCAGACUGCUGUGUGCGGCUUACCUACCUGACAGACUUUCCUGUUCUGCUUGUGCAUUCCUGCCUGACGUGACUGCAGUGGGUGUAGUCCAGAGACUUUGGCUGCUGGCGGCCAGGAAACAAUAUAGAUUUUAUUGUUAUAGAUUAUUCAAGAUCCAUCGUGAUGACAUAGUAAAUGUAGCAAGUGUGUGGAAGUAAUCCUGGAUAUAAAACACAGUGUUCCAAUCCAUAUCAGAUUAACUCUAGAGUCAAAUGGACACUUCAGUACAUUUUCCCUCCAGGGCAAAGUGAAAAAAACUAGAAGAGGCCAUGUUUUUUUAUAUUUAAUGUAUAAGAAAUUGUUUACAUUGUACACUAUUAUUUAACCUUAACCUAUUCCCAUGUCUUAUCGGAAACAAUGAAAUCAAAUGAAGACUUUAGUUCAUUGAGAAUUGACAUUAUCUGCUGUGGUGAAACCAAUGCACUGGGAGUAAAGAACUGUAUGCUGUGUCACAGUAUUUAACAUAAUUCCAGUUGUCAUUGUGAAUAGUUGAUCAAUGUAUCAGUCUUUUAAAGGAGAAAAUAAAAUGACUUAUUUAUGAAUCGA